GGUUAUAGGACUCUUUAAGGGGCGUUAUAGGACUACGGGUGGAAAAACCAAAACAAAAUUCUGGGAAAGCCGUGCAUCCGAUUUGUGCGAUUCCGAGUGCGAUUUUUCUAGAAUCUACCCCUGCCAAACAUGCAGGAAGAUACAGAGGACACCCAAUCGGACGACUCGGGGGCAGAGAACGUCCUGAAAAUGAGCUGCCCGCUGCGGGAACAGGAUCGAUUCCUCCCGAUAGCCAACAUCACCAAAAUCAUGAAGCGCGGCAUUCCGCCCAACGGCAAGAUUGCCAAGGAUGCACGCGAGUGCAUCCAGGAGUGCGUAUCGGAGUUCAUCUCAUUCCUCACGUCCGAGGCCAGCGAUCGGUGCCACAUGGAGAAACGGAAGACGAUCAACGCGGAAGAUGUUAUCUGCUCCAUGUACGCGCUCGGCUUCGAGAACUACAUUGAUCCGCUGAAGGUGUUCAUGACCAAAUAUCGAGAGUGCACCGCAGCCGAUCGUCUGAGCUCGGACGAGUCUCAUGAACCGCCGCAAUAUGAAUCAACCGAGGCACCGGCUGUGGACAAUCAACAGCCCUCCACAUCGAACCAGGCCAACAUUGUACCCGGCACGAGUCACACAGAAAUCAUAUACCAAACGAACGACGGGACAAUAUGCUUCAAAAACGAGUCGUUCGAGAAUAUGUAGAGUUUGUUUACGCCAUAGUUUCUGUAAGUUUCAAUGCAGACGAUUCUUUAUUGCCAAUAAAAGUUCGAGGGCGCCUGCUUGCAUA